AUGGCGGCGUAUGGACAGACCCAGUACAGCCCUGCCCUCCAGCCUGCGGGACCCUACACACCGUACACAUACCACACCCAGGGCUACAGCAUGCCCUCAUACAGUAAGUACCGUCAUAUAAUUCAAUACGGGGGGUGAAGAGGGGGGGAUAUGACUGUUUAAAAGUUGUCUGGAAAGUAUGGCAUCUAAGACAACUCCACAUCCAUAUACACCAGGGUCUCAAACUACAGGCCCGCAGGCCAAAUGCGGCUCGCAAGCCGAUUUAAUGCGGCCCGCAAUUUACAACACACCCAGUUUUACAGCAUGCCCCUCUGUAAAAUACAGUGUAACCAGUUUCAGUAACUGAAUCCAGUGUGGAUCAUUUAUCUCCUUAUGUCCUUUCAUCUACAGACAUUAAGACAGAAGACUCUGCAGGACAGAACAGUCUGCUGAGCUACUCCAACUUCAGCAGUACUCCCCCCAGCCAGGGCCUCUACAGCUACCCCACACACGGUCAGUCACACACACAUACUAGGGCUAAAUAUCGGGAACCGGAUUACCGAGAUUUACCGGGAUAUCCUGCCCAAACCCAUUCUUGUUUCCCGAGAUAAAUAAUGGCGAGAAACCAGUAAUAUGAACAGCCUGGGAAAUGGAACUGUUAAAUGAUAUGCAAUGUCUAAAUGUGACUUCUCUACGGCCUUCUCUGCUUUGCUAUCUGCAUGAUCAACGCUCAGUGGGAGGGUGUGUGCUGUUGUAGCCUACCGUAUUUACUCGCUGCGUCCUACAGGCUCUCCUACCAUGCCAUUGCAAACAGAAGUAGGCCUACAGGAAACAUCAGAUCAGCGCUAAAAAAGGAUGGCCAUAGCCUACCCUCCCCAAGAAUCCCUUGAACAUAUCACAACUGGUGAGAGGAUAUGCCGAGAAAGAGAAGAGCAAAUGAGCUGAGAUGCAAAAAUAUAAGAUAUGCAUGUGUGACAUAUAAACUCGCUGGCUUCAUUCAUAGGUUACAUUAGACCAGUCAUCACAACACUAGCAGCCUACCGUAUGUCCUCAACAUAAAGUCCCCAAUAGAAAACAUCCUUUAGGCUACUUGCAUGGCUUCAAUAAGUGUUUAUGCUUACUAUAUGCCCACAUAAAAAAAUACUAUAGUAUACUAUGGUAUAAAUACUAUAGUAUUCACUGAAGUGUUUUUGCAGACUUUACUGUAGUGUUCUGGUUUUAUUUUAUUUGACAUCGAAGUGGAGGCUUUCUCCUUCAGGAAACCUACUGGAGAAAUACUGAUAGAGCAAAUGUUCCAUAACCUGUAGGUAGGUAGGUAGGUAGGUAGGUAGGUAGGUAGGUAGGUAGGUAGGUAGGUAGGUAGGUAGGACUGGGGACCUUCUGAUCUUUUCUAUAACCUGUAGGGAACACAAUAUACGGUCUAUACUUGGCAUGUAGGUUUCUCACUUAUGGGUGGCACAAAUUGCGAUAUGAGGGAGGGGAAUGAGCAGUGUAUUCGGAAAGCCGUCAGACCCCUUGACUUUUUCCACAUUUUGUUACGUUACAGCCUUAUUCUAAAAUGGAUUAAAUUGUUAUUUUUCCCUCAUCAAUCUACACACAAUACCCCAUAAUGACAAAGCAAAAACAAGUUUGUAUUUUUUUUUGCAAAUGUAUGUUUAAAAAAAAACAGAAAUAUGACAUUUACAUAAGUAUUCAGACCCUUUACUCAGUACUUUGUUGAAGCACCUUUGGCAGCGAUUACAGCCACGAGUCUUAUAAUAUAAUAGGCCAUUUAGCAGACGCUUUUAUCCAAAGCGACUUACAGUCAUGUGUGCAUACAUUUUUACGUAUGGGUGGUCCCGGGGAUCGAACCCACUACCCCGGCGUUACAAGCGCCAUGCUCUACCAAUUGAGCUACAGUCUUCUUGGGUAUGACGCUACAAGUUUGGCACACCUGUAUUUGGGGAGUUUCUCCUAUUCUUCUCUGCAGACUCUCUCAAGCUCUGUCAGGUAAGAAUGGGGAGCAUCGCUGCACAGCAAUUUUCAGGUAUCUUCAGAGAUUGGGUUCAAGUCCGGGCUCUGGCUGGGCAACUCAAGGACAUUCAGAGACUUGUCCCGAAGCCACUCCUGCAUUGUCUUGGCUGUGUGCUUAGGGUCGUUGUCCUGUUGGAAGGUGAACCUUCGCUCCAGUCUGAGGUCCUGAGCGCUCUGGAGCAGGUUUUCAUCAAGGAUCUCUCUGUACUUUGCUCCGUUCACCUUUCCCUCGAUCCUGACUACUCUCCCAGUUCAAUCUUGGUUUCAUCAGACCAGAGAAUCUUGUUUCUCAUGGUCUGAGAGUCAUUUAGGCUCUAGCAAGCCAUGAGAAUACUUGAUGAUACUUGAUGGUAUGAGGUUGGAUGGUUUGCAGAGCCUCCCCAAACCAUAGCCCUAACCUUAACCACUCUGAAUUAAUCCCUAAACUGUUGACCUUUGAAUUGUUUCUGUUUUAACCCUGUAACCACGCAGAAUGAAUGGGUCAAAAAUAGACAUUCAUACUUCAAGUUUCAAAUGGAAACUAUGAGAUCUUGAUGCAUACAGACGCACACACAGAGGAUUGCAUGCACACGGAUGCAUGCACACAUGCUGGCACACAAACACCCAAAUACACACACAUACACGGUCAGUACUCCACCUCUCGUUGUGCAUUUCUCUCUGAUCUCUUCUCUGCUUUACAGAUGGCUAGCCAUCCUACCCUCCUUACUGUGAGUCUGUCUCUCUACCUCCAUUUCUCUCUCUCUCUCUGUCUCUCUCUCUCACUCUCACACACGCACUCCCUUUCCCUCUUAUCUCUUUUGCUGAGAUCUAUCCUUUUUUCUAUGGCCAGUCCUUUCUCCUACCUCCCUCCCUCUCUCUUUCUUUCUCUCUGAUCUCUCCGUCAUGAUCUGCCCCUCUGACUACGAGCCCAGUGAGUGGGGUCCUGGCGUUUCCAGGUGGGUGUCCGUAGCAGUGCCCGUCUGUCCUCCUCCACACCUGUUCUCCAUUAGCUGCGGUCUGGGUGCCUGGCGUCAGCCAUCUCUCUCCCCUUCUCUCUCUCUCCUCUCUGGGGGUCAGGCCCCCUUCCUCCUCACACACCCACACCACACGGCCCGGCCCGGACCAGCACGCUCUUAUGUGUGUGUGUGUGUUUGUGUGUAAGAGAGAGAGUGAAAGAAAGUGUGUGUGUGUGUCGGGUGCGUGUGUAUUUGUGUGUGUGUGUGUCUGCAUGUGUGCGUCCGUGUGUUCCGUGUGUGUGUCUGUGCUCCACACAUUCCCCAGUUCUUCGGCACCCAAAGCAUGCUUGGCUCAGUAGGACUUGAUGGCUUUCAAAGCAGCGUGAAAUUGACCUUGCUCUGUUAGAGGCUAGAGGUUAAGGUGCAUGUUGUGGUGCUGGGAGGGGAGGCUAAUGGAGGAACUGCAUGGACUUACUGACAGUGAAAUGUAGGGCCACUGUUAACAGAGUCGUGUUCAUGAGUAGCAAUGGAAAACGGAAAUGAGCGUUUCUUAUUGGACAAGUUCCGUUUUCUUCUGUUUGAUCCUAAUGAAUACGACCCAAAAGAGGAGACGCAAGAUGAACACAAGAUGAACACACAUGAUAUAGGGUGAAUGCACCAAUUUGUAAGUCGCUCUGGAUAAGAGCGUCUGCUAAAUGACGUAAAUGUAAAUGUAAAUGUAAUGAAAACUUGAGAGAUGAGAAUAUGGCCCUAUAGCAAAGCAGGUUUAUAGAAUCCACGUUGAUCUUCAAAGAGAGUUUUGUAUAUUUGUUAUAUUUAUAUGUGUCUUGGUCUGUAUUUUGUAGUAGAUUCAUUUGUCUAAGCUUGGACGAAAUGUCAGUCUGUUCCAACUUCAGCCAGCUACCGUUGUUGUCAGAAAGUAAGACUGAAAUACUGGUAUUCUAACUGUCUGAAACCAUGACAGUUGAUGAGUUUUCAAUGGAAUGCAUGGGACGACUCUGCUUUCUUUCAUGUGUUACAAUACAGGUAAACAAAACCUAGAGUGGCUUGAAACAAACUCCCAUGGCAACUCCAUGUACAAGACCACCAGACCUUUCCUCCCAGACACAUACACAUACACAUACACAUACACGCACGCACGCACGCACGCACGCACGCACGCACGCACGCACGCACGCACGCACGCACGCACGCACGCACGCACGCACACACACACACACACACACACACACACACACACACACACACACACACACACACACACACACACACACACACAUACACACACUACAAAGGACAAACCAAAUCAGAACCAGAAACUACACUGUUUAUUUGGAGACCUUCUAGUUUCUUUGGGUUGUUGCUUUGAAGACUAUGUUUUGUUGUCCUGGGAGACUCCCGGCUGGUUCUGCGUAGUCAUUAAUCUAUGGUUAGGUCUUGGGGUGGUGGGAUGGAGGGAAGGAGGGAUGUUGAGGGGUAACAAACGAGUGUGGCUGGGGUAAAGAGCCCGGAGGAAGGCAUUCCUUCAGCAGAGUUGAUAACACUGAUGGAGUAGCUAGCAAGCACACCAGGCUUCCCCCAACUGCAUUGUUGUUGUUGGGACUCAUAAAUCAAGCGCCAUACUCCCUGGAGGGGUUGAGGCAAGUCAAUGUUUUGAGGCCAUGUUGUGAAGCUACUUCUGUGGUUAGUGUCGAGUCGAUGACACAGUGUUGUUUCCCACUUAUUCCGUUCUUAUUCUGCAAAUCUUCCAACUAGGAUUUCUGGAAAACCUGGGAAUUUUACCAGAAGGUUACCAGAAUUUUGCAACUCUAGGGCUAAUGCUGUCUCACGAUCCACUUAGUACACAUAGUUACAAAUGCAUAGUUAUGCCCUAUAAUGAGGGGUAAUUGACUGAUAUACUUGUACGAUGGGUGUGCAAUUUCUGUUGAGUUACGUUUAACUGCCUUGCAUUUUUGAAUUUGCCUGUUUUUUUCCCAUUCAUUAUAGAAAUGUCUUUCAAGGAUUACAAUACCAAUGAAAAUAUGUUUUCAAUGGAGCUUUCAAUGCAAGUCCAACUUCUGUAAAUGUCAGUCAAUGUGAGUCUGUUUUUAAUGUUGGUUUAAUGUUGUUUUCCAGGUAGCAGUAUUUCUUCUGGGAUUUUCCAGGGAGCCAACCCCAUCACAGGCUCAACUCCAUUCAACCCCACACAACAGGUCAGCACAGGAUGUAACACACCAUUAUGGACAACAUCUUUUAUACAAAUGAAAACAGCUCUCGCAUUGCAAAAAGUGUCAAAAUUGCUGGGAUGGCAUUAAAUGGGUUUGGAAUACUGCAACUUACAAUUGAAUGUGCCACUCAUUUGCCUUCAGCAAUAGCCUCCUUCAUGACAUUGUAAAAAAAAAUUUUUUUAAAUAAACUGUGAAGAAAGGGUGAAGCCCAAUAUGUGAUCAUUUGUAAUAUUCGGUUUAUUUUCCACUCAUAUAUCUUAUGAUAUAAUAUUUAUCCUAUUCCCUCUGUCAGGACUUCUCAGCGUACUCCAGCUACAGCCAAAGCCAGUACUCGCCAUACUACAACACACACUACAACAGCCCGUACCUCGCAAGCAGCAACAUCAGCCCUAGCGCCAUCACCACGCCCAUACCCUAUCAGCAUCCAGAACACCCCGCUGUGGUGCCCAAUCACAGCCCUGAGUCCCACACAGGUACAGAUGGUUGGCCUGCCUCUUCCCUUUAUUGGAGAAUGAUUUAUUAUCCUCUUAACAUUGUAUUUAUCUUUCUGUCGUGUUCUUUGCUGUUUUAGACAUUUUCAUUGACGGGAUGUGUGUGUGUGUGUUCCAGGAGAGUACCAUCCGCCCCCUAGCCCCCCCACCCCAGGGAAAGAGCCGGAGGGGGUGCCAGCCAGACGGAGCUCAGACGGGAAACUGAGGGGCAGGAAAAGAGUCAGUGACCCACAGCCCCCCCUGGACUCAGAUAUAGAGGUAAUGUUACAGUCCAUGGAAGUCACAAACACACACACACACACACAUGCACACACACACACACACACAUCCCGUCAAUGGUAGCCAUUGAGACACUGACCUACAAUAUGACCACAGACAGUAUAGACAUAUAGGCACACAACAGACCACAGACUGUUAUUAAACAGGAAGAACAAAGGUUACUGGACAGAUUGUUUAAAGUGAAGUUGCACUUUCAUAACUGUAAAGAAAUCAUCAGUAGUGUCAUUUACAGACCUCAGUCAUUCAUGUCAUCAGUAUUACAAAAACAUUUUCCAACGAAUGUUUCUACUGAUUGAUCAGUUUGUAUGUGUAGCCCGCACUGUCAUUUUCUCUUCAAUUGAGAUAUUGUGUUAUUUGGCUAUUUGGCUAAAUAUGUGUAUGUCUUUGUCUUAUUUUCCAGCGUGUGUUUGUGUGGGACCUUGAUGAGACCAUCAUCAUUUUCCACUCUUUGCUCACAGGGAGCUUCUCCACACGAUUUGGCAAGGUAUAAAAAAUCGACUUAUAUGACUUAAAAGACUCUCUCCAUAUCACUUCUCAAAUUAAGUAACCCUGAAAGUAUUUGCCGGCUUAUAUAAACUAAUCCCUGAUAGGGUUGCAAAGCUACAGGUAAUUUAACAAAGUUAGCGGAAUCUUCAGUAAUUUUGGUGAUUAACAGGUAAUCUAUGUCAAUCUAUGGUCAUUUAGUAAUUUAUACUUGAAUAAAAUGUAUUUAUAUAUAGUAUAACAUUUUUAUAUCUGUGUCCAUAUUGUCCAUGUGUUUCUAGUGGGAAGACCAUAUGGUUUAAGAGAAAAUAGCCUAAAAAGCAUCUAAUCAACAUUGGCAUUAUUUUCAAUUAACUCUGCAACUCUUCCAACUAUUUGCUUUUUUCACAGCUGCCACCAGUUUGGCGCCAAAACAUUUACAACAAAGACAUAUUGACAUAGUAUAAUAGUGUGUAAUGUAUUUAAAUUUAUAUUUCAUGCUGAAACCCUAAUAUUAAACUCCAAUGCUAUUCACUAAAUUGAUUGGUUAUAUUUAGGAUAAUGAUUUACAUCUUUGUCAUUCUAUUUUUUUUUUUUUAUAUUCUUAUUUUAUACAUAUGUUUUUUUUUUUUUUUUUUUACCCCCUUUUUUGUGAUAUUCAAUUGCGAUUCAAUUACGAUCUUGUCUCAUCACUGCAACUCCCCAACGGGCUCGGGAGAGGCGAAGGUCGAGUCAUGCGUCCUCUGGGCCAAUUGUGCGCCCGCCCUAUGGGACUCCUGGUCAUUGAACCCCAGGCUGUAGUGACGCCACAACACUGCGAUGCAGUGCCUUAGAGCGCUGCGCCACUCGGGACGUAAUAAGGCCGCACAGAGAUAAUUACAGACACCUGUGAUAAUCUGAAGUACCCAAAAAGGCCACUUUUUUAUAAUCUGAUAAAAUAUUCUGGUAGUUUACUGGUAAACUUAAAAAGUUUCCAGUAAUAUUGUCUCCCUUUGCAACCCUAAUCCUUGAUGAUAUAAACUAUGCAAUAUCAGUUAGGGGUGAUCCUAACUUCCAGUGGAAUUUUGCGCAUUGAUGUCAAUGGGACAAAAUGAAUAUUCUACUUAAGUGGAAGUUCUUAAAGAUUCACUCCUUAAAGCCUAACUUUUUAAGAAGUGUUUUUGUCCUUUGCUCUUUCCUUGACUUUUCACACACUUGGUGUUUUCCUUCUGUGCCCUCUUGUCUCUUUAUAUAAUCCAGUGGACUUGUUUGGCCAACCCACAUCCCACUGUUUGAUUGACAGCUGAAUAACCUUUACAUAAUAGACAGGCAGCUGAUGAGGGGAACAAUAGUCAUGUUUCUUUUUUUUGGCCACAACUGUGUUUUGAAUUCUCACGGUCCCUCUGCGGUUUGAUGCGAUGUAAACGUGGAGUCGGAGAGAGAGAGUAUUAGACCUAAAGCGCUCCACCAUUUCGGCACUCCGUUGUUUCUUUUUCAACGUAUCGUCGGGGAGAAAGCAGAGGGUGGAAGCGUUGACAUUUGACUGAUGUGCCAAAUUCCUGAUUCCACCCACCCAGCUUCCCCGCUGAAACGGCAAACUUCAAUCCGACAUGCUCUGACAUCAAAACUUAGACAUGCCAGGAAAAAAAAAGGUUUUGGGUAGGGGGGUGGAAUCCUCAAAUCCCCCAAAAUGAUUCUGACCAAAGGCCUAGUGGGAUUAUUUACGAGCCAGGAAUUGGUUUUCAAUUAGACAGGAGUGAGUUUGAUAUGUUUGAUAUGGCUCACUGUUAGGCAACGACCAAUGUUUAUGUUAGCUUAGGUUUCCCUAUAUGAAAGAAACAAGACCCCAACUUUUCUUUAAAAACAAUGUAUGGCGUGUCUAGUCCAGACAGACUAUAUUGUAACUCCUUCUGUAUGACAGUCAUUGUGUCAUGACCAAACUAAUUGAGGUAAACAAGUGUUUGGCCUGUGUUAAGGCGAACAAGGCAAGCCUGGACCCAGGAAGGGGUAGAAAACAAAUGGUCGUGAUGAAAGACUGUGGUUUUCACUGCCUUUGAAAAACCGAGGUGAACUCUAAGCACAUGAGGAUUUUAUUCCCUACAUUAUUGGUCCAACGGCAUCUUAUUUAUCAUACGUAGGCUACAGUGGCCGCGCCGUCUCUCUCUAUCUCUCUCUCUCUCUCUCUCUCUCUCUCUCUCUCUCUGUCUCAGCAUGUGAAUUUCCUCUCUGCGUGAACGAUUUGAAUACAAAAGUCCUUUCUGUGCUUUCUGAUGUUUUCUUGUUCUCUGCAAAUUCCUGCCUGUGAUUAGCAGGAAGAGUAAGCUGAACCUCUUUCAUUUUUAUUACUACCUCCCUCCGCAUUGAAGAAGACUUGUGCUUAGCAGAGAGUGUGAUUACGGAUAAUUAUCUCUAUUUAAACUAAACACCCCCUCCCUCUCCUCCACCCCCUCCCUCUCCUCAUCCCAACACUCUCUUUCUGCCCCCCUUCCUCAUUCACCAAAUCCACUUUGCUGUGGAUCAAUUGGAGGUGGGAGGAAGGCUGUCAUUUUUCAAAAAAUCUAACACUCACCUUUGGCUGACGCCUCACUACUCCAUUUUUGACACACUGCCAAGUUGUAGAACCGUCGCUACAGCCACAUUGUCAUUACAGUACAGCACACAGCCACCUGCCCUGCUGGUGCCCAGCCACUCCCCACAACAACAAUGCACUGGACUGUUUUCUUACAGACUGUGGUUUCUCUGUUGUCUGCGGAAGAUUUGUAAUUCUCCCAUUAUUAGAAAAGUGUCUCUUCUUCAUUCCUGAAUUCUUCAAUAACUGUGUGUGUGCUUGUGUGCGUGUGUGUGUGUGCUCGUGCGUUUGUACAUGUGCGAGUGUGUGUUGUGUGUGUGUGACAGAAAGAGAGCGAUACAGAUAGAAAGAGACAGAAAGAGAAAGAGAGAAAGAGCAGGGUGCAGUUUGGUGGAAAGAAUGAUUGACAGAAAGGUAAUCAGACUUCCUGCUCAGGUGAUAGAACCUGUCCUGUCAAUCUAAGAGAAGGGCUGCCAGUGUCUUUAGAAGGCUGUUUGGACAGGGAGAAAAAAUUACUGUUAGGGGGGUUGGAGUUUGGAACGGCAUCUGGUGUGACACAUUCAAUACCGCCUUGCACACUCUUGCUUGCAUCUAGCUGAUAUAGGGUGUAAUCAUUAGUCCAACAGCUGCAAACGAGAGUGUAAUCAUUAGUCCAACAGUUGCAAACGAGAGUAUCUAUUGGACAUAUUCAGGUAUGUUUAUCCCCGUUUUGUCCCGUUUAAAGAAACGUUUUUCAACAGAAUAGGCAGAAUUAAUAAACCCCUGAUCACGCAUAAACACAGUUCACUUUCAUAACAGCCACGUUGUAUUCCUUCUCGCAUCUAUGCGCUCUCCUCUCACCUUUUCCCUUCGUCGCUUGUGGACCUCAAUGCACAACACAUCAACUGUAUGUGACCAGGCGAAAAAACCUUUCCAAGCCAAACCAUAACUACUACACACAGCCUACAUCGUUGUCACCAUAUUAGCUAAAGUAACGUCAUAGUCAACAUAGCUAAUAGAACUAGCGCAUUAGUAAACCUGCUACAAUCAUGCUGUAAUGUUACAGUCAGUAACAGUAAGCAGUUUAGCUCUUACACCGGCGGGCCCCGGUGGCAAUAAAUUAGUAAAACCAAAAGCUUACCUUGACUUGGAAGAGUUCCAGUGUUGUGUUAGAUAGUCAUAGCCAGCUAGCUAACAUAGCAUACCUCUGUUUGAGCAGGGUGUUUGAGUAGGCUAAACUAGCUAGCUGCAUUUGGUUGCUAAGUAAGUGAAACUGAAAGUGAAAAAAAAUCAUGAAAUCUCUCUUGAUUCUCCUUCAUUUUGGAAGAAAUUAGUCUGUUCAAAACUGUUCAACUAUUGUCUUUCUCUCUCUUUGAGUCAACUACUCACCACAUGUUAUGCACGGCAGUGCUAGCUAGCUGUAUCUUAUGCUUUCAGUUCUAGAUUCAUUCUCUGAUCCUUUGAUUGGGUGGACAACAUGUCAGUUCAUGCUGCAAGAGCUCUGAUAGGUUGGAGGACGUCCUCCGGAAGUUGUCAUAAUUACUGUGUAAGUCUAUGGAAGGGGGUGAGAACCAUGAGCCUCCUAGGUUUUGUAUUGAAGUCAGUGUACCCAGAGGAGGACGGAAGCUAGCUGUCCUCCGGCUACACCAUGGUGCUAAUCUAUAGAGUGCUGUUGAGGCUACUGUAGACCUUCAUUACAAAAUAGUAUGUUUUAAUCAAUUACUUGGUGACGUGAUUAUAUUUAGUGUAGUUUUAUCAAAAAAGGAUAACUUAAAUGUUUAAAAAUAUAUAUUUUUCUGAAAAAUCACUGAGGAGGAUGGUCCUCCCUUUCCUCCUCUGAGGAGCCUCCACUGUUUUAUACCCAAUAACAUCAAGAGAGAUAACCUUUUUUCUUUCUUGAGAUGAACAAUUACCUAUGGAAGUAAUGUUAUUAGAGUAUGUCCUCUUAAACACAUGUAAACAAGUGGUUCAUGAAGGGGUGAAACCUAACUUCCACUUUAGUCUAAAGUUAUGCAUUGAUGUCAAUGGGAGAGAAGGUAAAAACUAAGUGUGGAAGUAGUGUAAUGAGAGUACAUCCCCUGUAUUGACCUUUGUAAUGUCUUUGUGUCUCCUGUCAGGACUCAUCCAAGGCAGUGUCGCUGGGGCUGUGGAUGGAAGAGAUGAUCUUCAACUUGGCCGACUCACGGCUAUUUUUCAACGACCUGGAGGUGAGACUUAUUUACCUAAUGGAUUAGAUAAUAUUUUAUCCAUUCCUUCACUCAUUAUCCAUCCUCCGUUAUCCAUACUGUUGCAUAUUAUCCAUCAUGCAUCAUCUAACAUUCACACUUGUGUUUAUAAUGUAUCAUCCAUAUUUGUGCUUAUUAUCCAUCAUCAAUCAUACAUACAUCAUCCAUCCUCUUGUUUAUAAUGCAUCAUCCAUAACAUCACUUAUAUCCAUCAUCUAUACUCUUGUUUAUUUUCCAUUAUCCGUCAAACAUCAUCCAUCAUCCUCAUUUGAUACUAUCAGUAGGGCCAGGAGUUUUCCCUGGAGUUAUGUGACAUCCCUCAUGACAAUAUUACAUCACGUUCUAUAAAUAUUCCCUUUCAUAUUGUUAGGGUUACUCUGUCAUAUUCUCAAAAGAUUUGAGUUGAAAGCCUAAUUGUUUAAAUGGGCUAGGGUUAAACUUGAGUAUUUUUAACAGCAUGAACAACAGGUAGGCUUUUCUCUGUGCAUUCCACGGCCUUGUUCUGAAAAAGAUCAGGCUUAACUUUGUUUUGUGGUGAGAAGGAACACUGUGAGUUGUUAAUUAUAGGUGUGUGUCUGUCUCUGAAAGGGAAAUUAAUUGUGGGGAGGAGGAACAGCUGAGGGGAGGAAGGCAGAAAAAGCUGUUUUCAAACCCGCUUUUUAAGUUCCUUCUUUUUGUCAGCCUGUUGUUAGUUCCACAUGCAUACAGUAGGCCUAUAGUGGGGGCCAUCUUUGUUAGUCAUAUGAUGUGGUUGAUUUAUGAAGGAAUUUUCCCUCGGGUUUGUCAGCAGCUAAUAGAGCGCUAAUAGAUGCCACAGGCUGAGUAACCUGUAGGCGAUGAAGAGAUACAAGCUAGGAAAAGCUCUACGAUACCAAGGUUAUGGAGAAACAUGCUUUUAGAAGAAAUGGAGGCUAGUUUAAGUAGCUCCAACAAUGUGGUGGUCUUGUGCUAUGAGAAUAGCCUCAAAUCUGCCAUAUGUCACUGUUAAUUUUGCACAUGUAGCUCUAUAGCCAUCAUCGAAACAAGGCAGAUAUGUACAUGUCCUUGCAUGCCAAUUCAUGUAAUUAAAUCACUUUAGUUGGAGAGGUGUUGAAAUGACUGCUGUGGGGUCUGGAGCUGCCUAAUAAAACCCUAGUUUAGCCUAUUGGGUUCUGUGGGUCGUGUUAUCGAUUCCCUCUGUGUCUGUGGGAGCUGGGUCGCAGCAUUGGGAAAGCGUUAGUGGAGCAUUGGGGAGCAUUGGGGGAAUGAGGGAUGCUGAUAUGUAAGAGUGUGAUGAGUUAGCGUCUUCCUGUGUCUCAGGCCAGUUGAAAGGCGAUAGUGCGGCCUGUCAGUCCGGUGUAGCUGUGUGAGAGAAGAGAUAAGUCAGUAGUUACUGAAGUAGGUGUCAGGGGAUAAAAGAAGGGAAGAAAUGAGAAUAGCAGAUCAGAAGUUAGAUUCAGAGGGAUUUGGUGGGGAGGAGGUGGGAGGAUAGUGCGUGUAUUGUAUAGUAGCAUCAUGGGAAAUUCAUUUUUAGGAUUUGUUUGAGGAAGCAACUUUUUGCACAGUAGUUCGCUACCCUGCUUUAUAUCUACUAUAGACCUAGCUACCAAUAUAUCAAAAGUCCAGAAAACCUAAUACUUUAAAAAUAAUACAUGAAUACUUCACAAAAUACUGUUCAGUGGAUCCUGUUUUUAAUGGGCAUAUAUCUGAAGGUUCUUUGGCAGUUGGCAAAAGGUGUUGAUAAUGCGUCACUUAGUGGGGUUUAUUAGUGGAGUGUGGUGGCGUUAGGUAGAGCUGGUACGCCAGAUUCCAAGUUUCUUUUUUUCUUCUGGCGCCUGGAUGUCCCAGCAGCCUAUUUCCGCCUCCCUGUUAUCUUUUGUUUUAAAUGUUAUUUUUUUUUAUUUUGUUCUAUCGCUCCCCGAGGCUCCCUUAAGAAGAAACCUGCCCAUGCACAGCUCUGAAACGGAUCUCGCUCUCUAAUAUAUCCACUUUCUUUCCCAGGAAUGUGACCAAGUUCAUAUUGAUGACGUGGCGUCAGACGACAAUGGGCAGGACCUGAGGUACUGUACAGCUUUUUCUCUUGAACUCAACUCGGCCCCACAGUUAAACCAGCACUGAGUGGGUUUAGUAAAAGAGGGGGUGGGGGGUAUAUUGAAAAUAAGUCCUGCUCUCUUUCUUGAAAACGUCUCCCACUGGGCACACACUGGUUUAAUCAACGUUGUUUCCUCGUCAUUUCAAUGACAUUACGUUGAACCAACGUGGAAUAGACGUUGAAUUGACAUCGGUGCCCAGUGGGCUGUCUCUCUCUCUCUUUCUCGCUCUCUCUCCGUCCCUUUCUGUUUGUGUGUGUUUGUCUGUGUGCGUACAUGCGUGCAUGUGUAUGCGUCUCUCGCUCUCUCUCCCCCCUCUCUUUGGCAAUAUAAUAAUAUAAUAACAGUAUCAUCAUUCUUCAACAUCUAAUCAGAAUAGUACUCUGUCAUUCUCUCUGUCUCCCUUGUUCCAGACAUUUUACUACAUAAAUUGAUGAAGAAUUUUAGGAUAGAUUUCAAAGGAAUAGUUGAGAAAGUGCAAGAUGUUGCUCAAAUGCUUAUGUGCAUUCCUUACCGUUUUUAAGUGCUUUCGGCAUGUUGCUCUUUUCCACACAAAAAUAUUGAUGAACCUCAUUGGAUGUGCAAACUGCAUGUUCUCCCACUUAGAUAUAACACACUUAUAAUAUUGAUGUAUUGUGUAUUUAAUUUGUUUUAUUUAUUGUGUCAAUUAUACUGUUAGCUAUUGGUCUUAUAAGGCCAAAGGCUCAUGGUUGGUACCUUUCUUUUUAUUAUUGGUCUUUAACUUUUGGAUAAUUGUUUUUGCAUAAUGCAUUAAUCCAUUAUUCUUUACACUACUCCAGUUAUGAUAUUAUACUAGGCCUACUCCAUGUAUCUACAGGUUCUGGUCUUAGGCACUGGUCAAAUCCCACCAAACAUCAACUAAAUGUGUACAUUGUUUAGACGUUAGCCCAUUGGCAUGCUUCUCUCUCUCUCAUGUUUAGCUCUCUCCUGGUUGUUGUCUUGCAGCAUGUAUAACUUUGGCACAGACGGGUUUCAGAGCCCUGCGGGUGCCGGUACUCUGUGCCUGGGCUCAGGUGUCCAUGGUGGGGUGGACUGGAUGAGGAAACUAGCCUUCCGCUACCGGAGAGUAAAGGAGAUCUACAACACCUACAAGAACAACGUGGGAGGUGGGUUCUGACAGGAGCUAGAAAGUGUGUGUGUGUGUGUUUGUGUAAUAUUCUCUAGCGGUUAACUGAUAUACAAAUCACAAUGUACAUUUAAUUUGUCCUUUCUGUAUAAUCAUGAUCAUAAUAAAUAACGAACGUUGCAUCUUUUUAUACUGCUCAGCUAUCAAUUUGUGUUUUGUUUUUGUAUACCAAUCUAUGAUGAAUAAUGUGUUAGUGUGUGAUUGUGGUUGUGGUUGUGUCAGGUUUGGUGGGCAGUCCCAAGCGGGAGGAAUGGCUGCAGCUGCGGAGGGAGAUGGAGGUCCUGACAGAUCUGUGGCUGACCCAGGCUCUCAAGGCCCUGGCCCUGAUUAACUCCAGGUCAGGACACACCCCUUCUCAACUGCCUAGCUACUCUAUGGUGGAACUAUUCAGAAAAUACUAAACAAUGUAAAGUGAUAUUAGCGUAGGUAAUCCAUAAAAAUGAAAUGGACAGUACUCCAAAUGUAUUGACCAUUCAUGUUUUGCAUGGUUAAUAAAUAUAAUAAAAAAGUAUAGAAAUUGAACCUGGAGCGCUAUAGAGCUACGGUAUAUUCACAACCAGGAAAUAUUGACAAGACUAAGAUCGGGAGCUGAAAUACCCGUUGGCUGGUAUUUUUUCCUUUGUUGUCACUCUUUUUUUGUCCCAUUCAAACUGACAAAAUGCAAUUAUCUUACUUGUUUGAACAUGACUCACAUAUUGACAUCAUGUGUUGACAUUUCUCUGUUUCCAGACCAAACUGUGUGAAUGUGCUGGUGACCACCACCCAGCUGAUCCCAGCCCUGUCCAAGGUCCUGCUCUACGGACUGGGCUCAGCGUUCCCCAUAGAGAACAUCUACAGUGCCACCAAGACAGGUGAGGCAACACACAGCACUCAAUAUGGCGUAGAACACUUGUUAGAGUUAAAAAGAGCAACUCAUCGUCUCACGGAAGGAAUAUUAUAUUUACUGUUGGGCUGAUUGUUUUCGCACCGUGGUUGGGUAACAGUUUCUGUCGUGUACUACGAUUUGUGCACAAGCCAGUACUAGCAGACUUUGUUUUUGUGCAAUCCUUGUUUACGUUUGUGACAUUUUUAUUAAAAGUGUUAUUUAAACACUUAUUUGUUAACACUUACGUUUAACACUUUUAACGCUUAAUUUGUAAACAAUUUGAACACUUACAUAUUUUUAACACUUAUUUAUUAACUGUUACUUUUAACACUUUUAAACACUUAACACUUAUUUUCUUAUUUUCCAGGGAAAGAGAGCUGCUUUGAGCGUGUGGCCCAGAGGUUCGGCCGGCGAGCAGUGUACGUGGUCAUAGGGGACGGAGUGGAGGAGGAGUCUGUAGCCAAGAAGGUGAGACUCACAUGUAACCAGGAAAAGGGGUGGGGGUACACAAGAUAUUACCCCCUGCCUUAUUUUUCAUGCUAGUGCCAGGAAGUCAGAUGAAAUCGAAUAUGCACCCAUACAUAUUAUUUGACGCGUUUGCUUGUUAUUAUUUGAAAAAACAAAAUAAUGUUUAUAUCCUGCAGGAUGAAAUUGUGUUUGGUAUUAGUUUGACUGAACUCUCUCCAACAUGGCCUAAGACUGUAUUAGCUCGCCAAGCUUAGGCAACUUGAGUGUGGUUAACCGAACAAUAAUAGCUAGCUAGUUACAUUAGUCAGUGUUCAGCUAGUUACAUUAGCUAGCUAUUUUAGCCAGUGCUCAUCUAGUUACAUUAGCUACCUAGUUUAGCCAGUGUUCAGCAUUUAAAACAUUUCUGUUGGUGUCUUUCAGUAUCUAGUUUAGCCAGUGCUCCACAUUUUAAACAUGUCCUUUUGUACCUUGCAGUAGCUAGUUUAGUCAAUGUUCAAUGUUUUAAACAUGUCUAUUUGUGUCCUGCAGAAGAACAUGCCUUUCUGGAGAGUGUCGUGUCGGCCUGACCUGGAGGCUCUAAGUCAUGCACUGGAGCUGGACUACCUCUAG